AUGAGGAUCUCCUGCCUGCUGUCCUUGGGCUGUGUCCCCAUCCGUGGACAAACUGCACCCUCCCAGUCUGUCACCAUCAACCCUGGGCACUGCAGGGAGCACGGGUCCCUCCUCCAGACCCAGAGUGGACUCCCAGACACCAGCUCACCCCUGCCCCGAGACAACCGCUGGAGGCAGCAGAUGGCAUCGCUGCCCCGUAGAUGUCUGCUUCUCGCCAUCCUCCGUGAUGGGAUUCAGAGGAUUCAGCUUGCUGGCAGCGUGCCCUGGCUGUGCAGGGAACCCCAGGCACGAUGGCCAGCAGAGCCCCUGAAGAGCAGGACGCUGCUGCUCGUCUGCUCCGCGCCCAAGAUCCGCACGUGCAGCAUAGGUUGGCCCAAGGACUGCAGCGAGAUCCCUGCUGGCAGACCCAGUGGUGUCUACAUCAUCCAGCCCACGGGACUUCACCCACUUGUGGUGUACUGUGAAAUGAAUGUGACCGACGGGGGCUGGACGGUCAUCCAGAGGAACCGGCAUAACACAGCGAUCACCUGGGCCGAGUCCUGGAGCACCUACAAGUACGGCUUUGGGGACGUGCAGAGUGACUACUGGCUGGGCAUGGAGUACAUCUAUCAGAUUGCCAAGCAGAAGUUCUACCAGGUCAAGUUUGUUAUCUGGGAUGCCACAAAUGCCACCAAGUUCGCAGACUACAAUUUCUUCAGUCUGGAAGAUGAAUCCCAAGGCUACCAGUUGAGACUGGGCUCCUACAUAGGGACUGCAGGGGAUGCCAUGAUCUCCAGCACUACCACCACUCUGCAUGACAACAUGAAGUUCUCUGCUAAAGACCUGGAUCAGGACACUAGCACUGGGAACUGUGCCUCCACCAAUGGGGGUGGGUGGUGGUACUCAGCGUGUUACUCUGUACGGCUGAAUGUCAAGGGUGGCCUGACAUGGGGUAGCCUGUGCCGUGGGAAUUGCAAGGCUUCUGCCAUCCUCAUCAAACCAUCUCCCUACUGUUGGUAA